GGUGCGCAAGAAACCAUGCUGGAGAUGCUGAGCGGCCAGAUUUUGAUUUGUCGGGAGAAUCACUGAGUAAUUUCGAACUAGAAGUGAUUAGUUGAUAAUGAUUUGGUGCGUGUUAUUAUUUUAGAUGUCUAUGACAAACCGGCUGAAAACCCCCAGAGAGGAAAACUGCAAUAUACAAAAAACCAGAAAGACAAAUCAUAAAAGAAGCAAAGGACCAGCAACACAGAGUAAACUAGUUUUCCGGCGGUAGAGGAGGAGAGGAGGCUACAAUUAAAGAAAUUAAAGGAUUUUGAUUUAUAGAAGGACUAUCUCUCCGUGCAACAGUCGGUUGGAAACUUGAACACAGGAAAGUGGAGAGACAGAGAGCGGAGGAAUAAGGGAGAGAGGUCUCAGGUCGCCAGCUGUGCCAUGCAACAUGAGUAACGGCAGUAACGGAGUUGGGGGGCUCCCACCCCCCUGGAACUUCAAUGGGUCAUCGAUCAUCCAAUCAGCUGACCUGUUCUCCAACACAUCCUGCAAUUUGUCCUCCAAUGAUUCAACAUUCUGCUCUCCUGUGGACGAAGGAGUUGGGGCAGGAAGUCCAUAUAAAGCUCUGGAGAUGUUUUUUAUUGCCUUGGUUACAGGAUCUCUGAGUUUUGUGACUGUCACAGGAAACAUUUUAGUCAUGCUUUCCAUCAAAGUAAACCGUCACCUACAAACUGUCAAUAACUAUUUCUUAUUUUCAUUAGCAUGUGCUGACUUGAUAAUUGGUGCUUUCAGCAUGAAUUUGUACACAGUCUACAUCAUCGUUGGCUACUGGCCGCUUGGGCCGGUGGUGUGUGACUUGUGGCUAGCUUUAGAUUAUGUUGUCUCAAACGCUUCAGUUAUGAAUUUAUUGAUCAUCAGCUUUGAUCGCUAUUUCUGCGUGACGAAGCCGCUCACAUAUCCAACAAGGAGGACAACGAAGAUGGCAGGGUUAAUGAUUGCGGCAGCAUGGAUCCUGUCGUUCAUCUUGUGGGCUCCCGCCAUCUUGUUCUGGCAGUUCAUCGUUGGACAGCGAACAGUCCCACCUGGAGAGUGUUAUAUUCAGUUCCUUUCAAACCCUGCAGCAACGUUUGGGACGGCUAUAGCAGCAUUCUAUCUUCCUGUCAUCAUUAUGACAGUCCUGUACAUCCACAUUUCCCUUGCCUCCAGGAGCAGGGUGUCCAAACACAAACCAGAGAAGAAGGAGAAGAAGGGAAUUAAAACUCCCACCUUGAUGAAAAGUCACCUGUUAAAGCAGAACAAUAACAAUGAGACCAGUCCUCAGACCAGUCCUCGCUCCACGCCCAAAGUCAGUCUGGACUCAACUACCACUGCGCUGGAGGCUGUGAAAAACGGCAGGGUGGAGGAACCAAAACCUGUUCAGCCAAAACCGCUAGCACAGCCCAGUCCAGGACUCACACAGGAAAAGGAGAGCUCCAACGAUUCCUCCACAGCUUUUAUUCCCCAUACAGAACCAAAGGACAACACCAACAACGAGGUGAUAUCUGAGGCUCCAACAAAUCCCAACCCAGAGGCCACAUCAACAGCCAAUCCCGCGGCAUCCAAGAUCCACUCCUCGAGGUGGUCCAAGAUAAAGAUUGUAACGAAGCAGGCCGGGGAUGAAUGCAUCACCGCUAUAGAGAUCGUUCCCCCUGUAGAGGGAGCCGAGAGGCGUUCAAUCCCAAUCAGCCGUCCCAGGACUGUGGCAAGAAAGUUUGCAAGCAUUGCUAGAAGCCAAGUGAAAAGGAAAAGACAGAUGGCUGCCAGAGAGAAGAAAGUGACCAAGACUAUCUUUGCCAUCCUGCUGGCUUUCAUCAUCACAUGGACACCGUAUAACGUCAUGGUGUUGAUCUCAACCUUCUGCCAGUCUUGUGUCCCUGACACUGUGUGGGCUAUUGGCUACUGGCUGUGUUAUGUCAACUCUACUAUCAACCCAGCUUGUUACGCACUGUGCAACGCCACAUUCAAAAAGACGUUCAAGAACCUGCUGCUGUGCCAGUAUAAAAAUAUUGGUACAAGAUGAGCUGGAUGGGGAAGACUUAGGGUGUGAUGGAUGGGGAAGGGGUGAACAAAACAAGAGCGAGUGACAGAAGAAGAGAGAAAGGAAAUGUUGUUUAAAAGGUGAGUAGAGGAGCAUUAAAGGAAGAGAGGAAAUGUUGAAAGGUGAGUGGAAGAGGGCUGAAGGAAAAUGGAUGACAUAACUUAGUUGAAGGGUUCCUUCUAAAA